AACAGCGCUAGAGAGAGAGAGAGAGAGAGAUGGAGGGAUGACAUAAAACGAUGCAGAGAGGAGGAGAAGAGAAAAAGAAACCGGACUGCACGCGCUCACACCCCUUCAUGUCAUGGACUUGGAAUAUUUGGGGGAUUUCUUCUUCCAUCUUCUUCUUCUUCUUCCCUUUUUUCCUUCCCAGCGGUGUUUUCUGUAAAACGCGCAGAGGAGAUCCGUGACUGGCAUCAUGAACAUCUCUGACAUACCCACGCACCCGCACUAACACACACACACACACAUGGAUACGCACGGACAUGAAGGGGGAUAUAUAUUUUAAUUUAACAUUUGGACUCCAUUGAGAGACAUAAAGGUGAGGACACCGGUUACGCAUUCAGUCACACACCCACGUAUACGCGCAGGAGCGGACUAUGAACCAGAGGAUUUGACUCAUUUUUUCUCCUUUGCUGCUGCUGCUGCUGCUGCUGCAAAGUUGCGAAGAGAAUCCGUUGUUGCGCUCGAGUCGUGACAGACAGCAUGGAUGGAUCUGGUGCGUUAUUUGGCGCAUUGGGCGCCCGUCGCCCUCCCAGGAUCUGGUGCUGCUGGAUGCACAUCUGCUUUCUGCUCAGCUCAGUGUUCUUUCGCCACUACCUGAGCUCCUUGCUGGACUGUCCGCCCACCUGCACCUGCUCUCCCGUAGAGAUCCACUGCAAUAAGUCGGACAACAGCAAAUUCUUCCCGCUGCUGUCCUUCCAGGGCACCGAGAGCACCGGGAACAGCACCGGGAGCAUCGAGGACCCGUUCCAGAGCAUCGAGGACCUGUUCCAGAACAUCACCUCCUUUCACAUUGAGAACUGGACUGGUCUGCAGACCCUGAGGGAUGUGGACAUGGAGCUCUACACCGGCUUACAGAGGCUGACGAUUACGAGGAGCAACCUGCAUACGAUCCAGGCUCGUGUUUUCUCCAAGAACCCGCACCUGCGCUACAUAGACCUGUCCAAGAAUCCAGCAUUGACCACGUUGUCCUGGCAGAUCUUUGAACAUCUGCAGCUCUCUGAACUUCAUUUAGAGGAGGUGGUGUUUGCCUGCGGCUGUGGGAUUCGCUGGCUGCAGCUAUGGCAACAGAGAGGGGAGGCGGGGCUAAGCAGCCAACAGUUAUACUGUGCUGAUGGCUACAGUAAGAUCCUGCUGAACGAUAUGAACAUCAGCAAUUGUGAACUGCCAGAUAUCAGCGUCAGCCACAGCAACCUCACUGUAAUCGAGGGUGAUCGAGUAUCGGCGAUCUGUAACGGCUCUGGAUCUCCGUUACCUGAGGUGGACUGGCCUGACAACGGCCUGCACUCCAUCAAUGCACAAGAGGCCAGGGUCUACGACAACCACACCAUUCUUUCCAUCAACAUCACUUUGGUCAAUGUGAGCAGAGACGACAACAACUUCCUGCUAACCUGCACCGCCACCAACAUAGUGGGCAUGACCAACGCUUCCGUCCAGCUAACGGUUCACUUUCCUCCGUACAUCGUGAAGCUGAAGGAGCCAGAACGCCGCCAUGACACGUGCAUAGAGUUUACCGUUCGAGGAUCACCCCACCCGACCUUACGGUGGUACCACGAAGAGGAGGAAAUAUCCCACACUGACUAUGUGCGUCCUGACAUGGAUAUUUAUCAGGACUACAUAGAGGGCUGCCUGAACUUCAAGAACCCAACGCACCACAACAACGGCAACUACACUUUGGAGGCCAGCAACUACCUGGGUGUGGCCACCAGUACUGUCUACGGACACUUCCUGGACGGCCCCAUUGGUGUUACGAACGAAGAUUAUGAUUACGUCCCGACCGAAGAGACUCCCAAGCCUGACGAAGAUACUUUCGGGGUCUCCAUAGCAGUAGGCCUGGCAGGGUUUGCCUGUUUGAUGCUGUUGGUUCUAUUCCUUCUCAUCAACAAAUAUGGACGUCGCUCAAAGUUUGGCAUGAAAGGACCAGUAGCAGUGAUAAGCGGUGAGGAAGACUCUGCCAGCCCCCUUCAUCAUGUGAACCAUGGGAUUAUCAGCCCUUGUUCGCUGGAUUCCGGGCCGGAUGCUGUGGUGAUUGGAAUGACCAGGAUCCCCGUCAUAGAGAACCCACAGUACUUCAGACAUGGACACAACUGUAACAAACCCACCACCUAUGUUCAGCAUAUUAAACGGAGGGACAUUAUUCUGAAGAGGGAGCUCGGAGAAGGAGCCUUCGGCAAGGUCUUCCUGGCUGAAUGUUACAACCUGAGCCCCACCAAGGACAAGAUGCUGGUAGCUGUAAAGACUCUGAAGGACCCCACUCUUGCAGCCAGGAAGGAUUUCCAGCGCGAGGCUGAGCUGCUGACCAACCUCCAGCACGAGCACAUAGUGAAGUUCUACGGAGUGUGCGUGGACGGAGACCCUCUCAUCAUGGUCUUUGAGUACAUGAAGCACGGAGAUCUCAACAAGUUUCUCAGAGCCCACGGGCCAGACGCCAUGAUCCUGGUGGAUGGACAGCCUCUGCAGACCAACGGGGAGCUGGGUCUGUCCCAGAUGCUUCAUAUAGCCAGUCAGAUCGCAGCCGGGAUGAUCUACUUGGCGUCUCAACACUUUGUGCACCGAGAUCUGGCAACCAGGAACUGCUUGGUGGGGAACGGCCUUCUGGUGAAAAUAGGCGACUUUGGCAUGUCCAGAGACAUUUACAGUACGGAUUAUUACCGGGUGGGAGGUCACACCAUGCUGCCUAUCCGCUGGAUGCCUCCAGAGAGCAUCAUGUACAGGAAGUUCACCACAGAGAGUGGUUGGAGCUUCGGAGUCAUCCUGUGGGAGAUCUUCACUUACGGCAAACAGCCGUGGUUCCAGCUCGCCAAUAAUGAGGUGAUCGAGUGCAUUACUCAGGGCCGGGUACUGGAGCGCCCCAGGCUCGGUCCCAAGGAAGUCUACGAUAUGAUGCUGGGCUGCUGGCAGAGGGAGCCGCAACAGCGCCUCAAUAUUAAAGACAUUCAGAAGAUGCUGUUUACGAUGAUGAAAGCCACACCGGUCUAUCUGGACAUACUGGGAUAGGAAUGGAUACAAGGGGGAAAGGAAUUGGAUGUAUUUUAGGUCGGACUAAAUCUUCACUGGAAUAGGAAUGAGUACACUGGAUCAGAGGGGAAAUGGAUCACCUUGGAGCUUGGAGAUCGCAGCAUAGUCUGUGAUGGAACCAUGUGAAUUGGGAUUUGGAAUGGACUUUACCGUGCAUCAAACUGCCCGACAUAUAAAGGAUUGGGAUGAACAAAUUAAAGUGGAGUAAUGGUUGUUAAACUGGAUUUGAACUGGAUUACAUUGAAUUGCAUCGCAGUAUAAUCAAAGGAAAUGUCUUUGGACCUUACCUAAAUGGUUGGGUCUAGGCUUGUUAGGUCCAGUCUUGCUCCUUUUCGGAAUGAACUCAUGACUAAAAAAGACUUGACUAUGAAGAUCGGAUGCAUCAAACUGGACUAUACUGGAUUAACCUGAUUGAAUUGGUCUGGUGUGGUUUCAUUUUCUUAUCCGGAUAAUUUAGGCACCGUCAUUUCCUAGCCUACGUGUCCUCAUCUCAUCCUGUCUAAAUCAGUGCAGUUUUUGGUUCUAUCUCGAUGAAAGCCUGACCUAGCCUGGUAGAAUCUGGCUCGGAUUGGUUUUAUUUCAAAUAUCCUGCCCUAAAUUAUAUUGACCUCACCCUAACGUGGUUUUAUCUGUGUCCCUCGGUAAAUCAGGCAUGGGUUGGUUUUUGGUUCAAUUUAAGCUAGGUUUCACAAACCCUAAAUUGUAGCCAUCUCAAUUUGCUAGGCCUUAUUUGGCUUGUAUUUUUGGCCUGGUCCUCACACAGUAAAGCAUCCUCGACUUCCACUGUGUAAUAUAGAAGUUCAGGAGAAGGACCUGCACAGAGUAAUCUAAAGAAAUCUCUGUGCUUUUUAAAGAAAUGGAUGUUUGUGUGUUCCAGGAUAACUUACCCAGGCUUGCUAUUCAUUCUUGGCCAGACUGGACUCAAUGCCCCUGGAAGAUCUUGAAGUACUAAGCAUGUCUGUUAAGUAAAUCUGUUAGGGUUAAAAUCCUAUUUAAUGACUACUUUUGGGGGGGGGGGGGAGACAUUUGUCUGCUUCGGAUGAAAUGUUUUAUUCCAAAAUGAUGAUCACAAUGUUUGAUGGGUAGUAAAACCACGGAGAGAGCAACUGAAGUGCUGCAUCAUUUCAUUUUGGGACCUUUUUUUGGAAUGACUACUCCUGAAACCAGCAGCAUUGUCGUGGUUGUGACCGGAAUUAUCCUGAUACAAACGUCAAAGAAAGAGACUAAAAUGCUAAACCACCACAUUCUAGACAGCAAUCAGUAAAAAGGACCAGGCGGUUCUGGCUUAGCGUUAAAGGGAAUGCGCUGUUCACAUGACCCCAUCCAUCAGGACAGGUUUCAUUUUUCCAACACUGUUCAUUGAAAAAUCGAGGGAGUGGGUCAACAAGAAAGGACAAACGUGCAUAGAUUAAAAGUGUCACGUGCAGCAGCCGCUGUGUUCUUAAGUGCUAGUUCAAUGUCAGCACGCUUCAGUGUUUCCAUCUGCAAAGCCUUCAUAGAUAUUAUACCUUCUAGUCCUGGACUCACUGAGCUCUUCACUUACUGCAAGACCCUGACCAGACCUUCCAAUCCUGAGCCUGGAAGUGUGGCCUGAGUGACUGUCUGUCGCCAUUGAGAUGGACCUAAGUGCCUCGUACUUCUUUCUAAACACUGGGAACUCAAAAAAAAAAAAAAAAUAGUCUUUCAAAAUAAGAGCACUUUUACAUUUUGUUUAUCUGCUUACAAAAUGUACACUAGCUGUAAACCUUCCUCAUUUUUCUUACAAACUUUCAGCACACUAUGUAUUGCAAAAACUCAAAAACAGAAAUAAAAUGAUGAAAAUGAUACAGAAAAAAAUAAAAAAAUAACCCCUGGGGGAAAAGCAAAAACUAAUGAGAAAAAAAAAAAGCUUUUUUGUACCCUUUGCAGCUUGACGAGAACGUUGAACUACCCAAGGUGAAGUUACAGUUUGUUUGGAAAACAAAAUACAUAUUCUAUAUAUUUUUAUUUAUUUGUAUUUUAAAAUCAAAGAGUGGACCUCUGCCAUGCUCCAAAGCCAUUGGAAUAUUCUGCCACUGGGUAGGAAAGGAACUGAUCACCACUAAACGAUAAACAAUUGGCUGGGAGGAAGCCUUCAAGGAUUACUUAAAAGAAGCCUUUCUGUGUAGUGUUAUACAUACCUGGAUCCACUCUGACGUCAGCGAGCAACAGCAGCAACAGGAAGUGUGAACUGAAAUGAUAACGGAGCUACCAGUCAAUGAACAAAAUCUUUUUAAAAAGAAUGUACAUACUUGUAAAUCUCUCCGUCUUGAGAUAUGUUAACUUAUUUCCUUUUUCUGGAGUUUGAUUAUUUUUUAGCUUCUUGGUGUGUUGUUAUAUGGUUCAGUGAAAGCCAAUAGAUAUUUUGAUAAUAUUUCUUUCUAGUUGUAAUUACUGUUAUUAUUUACUUCAUUUUAGUCACACAAUGUCUUUUCAACAUUUUAACAUAGAUAAUCUGCAUUUAAAUCAUUUCUGUUCAUUGUUAGUUGCUCAUUUGAUGAUAAAUCAGGACAGUAGAGGAAAGAUGUAAAAUUAUUGGGCCAGAGUUUUUAUUAAUCUGCUCAGAGUGCAAGUAGUGUUCUAGGAUCAGAACAUGGUCACCAGGACAUUCUUCAAUUUCUAAGGGGAACAGUUAAACAUUUGGGGAUUUUACUUUGCCAUUCAUCACUCUGAGUCGGAUUCAAAGAUUUGUGUCAUCUCUGUGUGUCCGCUAAAUGAUGUGUUUAGCCUAUUCAGGAUAAAGUGUGGAACCAAGGGGGAACUGUUAGCCUAUAGCUCCCACAAAGGUGAAGAAAAUCAUAGAUCUUCAAACUAUUCUGAAUCUGUCUUCUCAACUAACUGGGAAUGGGUUGUACGAGAAGCUAGCGACAUUUGUCAAAAAUGUUGGAACUGUUUCAGAAAUAUUAUUCAACAUCUGUCUUUUAUUUUGGCCAUUUUGGCCUUUCUCUGUAACUGUAAUCAUUUAUUACACUGUACUUUGUUCACGUUUCUCUCUCUCUCUCUCUCUCUCUCUCAUUCUCUCUCUCUCUUUCAAUAUAUAUAUAUGCUGUAUGUAUAUAUACAUAUGUCUACAUGUCUCUCCAUCCUUGCAUACUUUUUUGAGAUUUGCUCUUGCAGGUGACUGAUACAUAUUUUUGAUUUAAUCUUACCAGUAAUGACAAAUCAGGGCAUGUGGUCGUUAGCUAGACACGGUUUGAUAUUCUGUCAAAGGCAAAGACAUUGGAUCAGUGAUCAAAUACUGAGUUUAGCAUUGGGUGUCUGACAAGGCCUAUGGAAAGGCAGCUGGGUCAUUGGCGGACAUGGGUCUUGGGGUAUGGGGGUAUAACACAUGCGCAGUGUAACUGAAGCUGCGGUCGUGCGUUGCGAUUGGCUCAAUUUCGGCGAGUGCAGGCCAGAUUUUACUGCACAUGUGUUAUACCCAUAAAGAUAUGACGCGUUGAUGACGCAUGAUCCAUACUCCUUUCCAUAGGCCUUGGUCUCUGAGCCCUAUUUUCCAGCUGACGUCUUGAAACAAUCAGUAAAAUCUAUCAGUCUUUACUCAAUGACACAAACCAGCAAUCAAAAGGGCAGCGCUCCGUCCAUUAGCUUGACACACGAAACCCACACUAAACUAUAGAUGAGUCAACUUAAUGGCAAAAUGGCAAACAUUUGCUAAUUUUUCUUCUUUUUUUUUUUUAGCUAAAUUAUAGCCAUAACUGUAUUAAUGUGUCAUCUGUGUAUGGGGUCAUAAGGCCACAGGUUGAGAAGACUAGGAAAGGUUUAGCAUGGUCUGAUAGCUGUGAUAUAUCUUCAUGUAAAACCACUGUCAUACUACUCAGUGUACUGUACCGUUUGAUUGUCAUGUAUCUGAUGUUGUCUCAGAACUAGUUACUCAAAAGUGCUCAAAUAAUUUAACUUCAAAUUUUCACCUGGCAUUUAAGUUGUAAUGGAGAUGAAAAUGUAUUAAGAUUGAACACCUGUGCUGCCUGUGGAGAUAGUAUGGGUAAAUCAGAUUCCAAUUUGUGUGCAGCCUCGGGUUUUUACUGAAUUACACGGUCAUGUACAAAUUAUGACCACAAUGCCAGGAUGAAAUAGGGCCAAAGUUAUCUUACAGCUUGUAUAAACCUCGCCCAGUGUGUGAACGUCUUUCCUUCUAAGCCCUUUCAAGAACUGCAGUGUGAUACCAUUACUAGUGUAAUUAAAAGUGGCUGUUUUCUGAUUUAACUGUAACCAUAUUAAACGGCAAUAUUCCACAA